AGUGGAGGUCUGGCACGAGCUCUCAGAGUCUCUUGGAAUCAGCAUCGUCGGAGGCAGGGCCGUGAUCAAAAGGCUGAAGAACGGGGAGGAGCUGAAGGGCAUCUUCAUCAAACAGGUCCUGGACGACAGCCCUGCUGGCCGGACAGGAGCACUCAAAACUGGAGACAAGAUACUCGAGGUUUCCGGAGUAACCCUGCAGAAUGCAAGCCAUGCAGAUGCUGUGCUGGCCAUUAAAAACGGGGGCAAUCCUGUCGUCUUCAUGGUUCAGAGCCUUUCUUCUGCCCCCAGGCCGGUAUCAGUGAUGGCUCCCAAUCCCAACAACCAACCGAAAACAAACACACAAGCUGUGAAGGUACAGACACCUGCCACAGGAGGAGCCCCUCCCCCAAUGAGACUCCCCCCUCCGUACAAAGAGCCGACUGCACCUGCACUGCUGGGGCAGGACGGGGCCAGUGAGGGGGGUGAGCAUGACUCUGAGUGGGGUAAUAAUGGCUGACAGUGCAAUACAUUGUAUGGCAGCAGAGGCUCAACCAUCUCUCUGCAUGCACGACUUCGCCUCAUUGUCCUGUCACUUUAUUCACACCCUGUACCUUUAUAUAUAAUACAUUACGGAAGAGGACACUAAAAUAGGGGUGGCUUUCACUCAAGCAUUUGUAUUCUUUUGCCAAGCUGGGUUUUUUAAAUGGCUGGGGAUUCAUAUGGGGCUUGGUGUGGGAUUAUGGUUGAUACUGAGUUGAAAUGAAGGAGGUUUUUACAUAAUGAAUGACAUGGUGUUGGGAAUAAAGUCUAUGUGUCUGUUACAAGCUUUCUGAUAGUAAUGUAAACAGGUUUGUAUUUGUUGUUCUCUGCUCUCGUAAGUCAUUACUCACUUCUUGUAAAGGUUCUGUUUCAAAACAGAUUCUGCUGCAUACAUGAGUCCGCUUCUUAAAGUACUUCUCCCAAGACGAGCCUGAUGCAUGCUGUGGGUUCAGUCUACCAUUUCCACAUACGAAUGAACAGAAGGUCUGUUUGGUUUGUGACGAAGCUGCAGCAAAGCGUCUUGGAUGACCAUGGUAAAGAUUCCAUCUGCUGAUUUACAAUAUCAGAAUACACAUUGGGCCCGAGGAUUCCCUGAUUCACAUGCGCAAAUGUGUAUCUGAACCCACAGCUUUGAUAAUGUGCAGGGGUUCUGAUUGGGGGUUUAUUUAUUUAUUAUACAGUUUUCAGGUUACAAAAUGUUAUUUCCACACAUGCAUUUACUAUAAAAGGAGCAAGUCGUUUCAAAUGACUUUAAGUGAUUGUAGCUAACAUAAUAAUCCCAUAAACUCCACCUGGUGUGCACUUCCGUUAGCUAUGUGGGGCUCAUGUGCAGUUUUGAAAGAAACACAUUUGUUAGCAAACAUGUAUUUAGUCUUUUUUAAACAUUAUUAGUGUUACUGUUGUAGGCUAAAGAAAGUUCUCAGAUGCUGUGCCUUAUUCACAGGAAAUCUGUUACACUUGCACUUCCUGGGUCAUUUCACCUCAGCAUUAUGUUUUGGGUCAAAGCAUGUUACUGUCUGAAAGCAUGUCAGCCAAUAGGAGAAGCAGCUGGUUGGUUCGUGACCUCCAGGUUAAAUGUGUCAGUGUAACACUAACUGAAAUCAUGGCUUACUUUGAUAUUUACAAAAACAAGUGUUUCUUUCAAAACAUGUGGGACUUGUGUAAUGACUGGACACACACAGCAAGUAAUAUGUUUGAACUUGUAUAAUGACUGGACACACACAGCAGGUAAUAUGUUUGGACUUGUGUAAUGACUGGACACACACAGCAGGUAAUAUGUUUGGACUUGUGUAAUGACUGGACACACACAGCAGAUAAUAUGUUUGGACUUGUGUAAUGACUGGACACACACAGCAGGUAAUAUGUUUGGACUUGUGUAAUGACUGGACACACACAGCAGGUAAUAUGUUUGGACUUGUGUAAUGACUGGACACACACAGCAGAUAAUAUGUUCGGAAUUCUCCUGUUAGCUGCAGUCACUUUAAGGUGUUUGGACUGCUGUAAGAGUCCAGGAGUUCUGUUCUAGGUGCCUGUCAUCUACAUGUGUAUUGUAGGCUAGGUCAGCGAGUGUCUUUAUAGAUCCAGUGCACAGCUGUGUUGAUCCACAGUGGGAGAUCACUAGAUGGCGCUGGCUCUUCUCUAUGGAGAUCACUAGAUGGCGCUGGCUCUUCUCUAUGGAGAUCACUAGAUGGCGCUGGCUCUUCUCUAUGGAGAUCAUUAGAUGGCGCUGGCUCUUCUCUAUGGAGAUCACUAGAUGGCGCUGGCUCUUCUCUAUGGAGAUCAUUAGAUGGCGCUGGCUCUUCUCUAUGGAGAUCACUAGAUGGCGCUGGCUCUUCUCUAUGGAGAUCACUAGAUAGCGCUGGCUCUUCUCUAUGGAGAUCACUAGAUGGCGCUGGCUCUUCUCUAUGGAGAUCACUAGAUGGCGCUGGCUCUUCUCUGUGGAGAUCACUAGAUAGCGCUGGCUCUUCUCUAUGGAGAUCACUAGAUGGCGCUGGCUCUUCUCUAGGGAGAUCACUAGAUGGCGCUGGCUCUUCUCUAGGGAGAUCACUAGAUGGCGCUGGCUCUUCUCUAUGGAGAUCACUAGAUGGCGCUGGCUCUUCUCUAUGGAGAUCAUUAGAUGGCGCUGGCUCUUCUCUAUGGAGAUCACUAGAUGGCGCUGGCUCUUCUCUAUGGAGAUCACUAGAUAGCGCUGGCUCUUCUCUAUGGAGAUCACUAGAUAGCGCUGGCUCUUCUCUAUGGAGAUCACUAGAUGGCGCUGGCUCUUCUCUAGGGAGAUCACUAGAUGGCGCUGGCUCUUCUCUAGGGAGAUCACUAGAUGGCGCUGGCUCUUCUCUAGGGAGAUCACUAGACGGCGCUGGCUCUUCUCUAGGGAGAUCACUUGAUGGCGCUGGCUCUUCUCUAUGGAGAUCACUAGAUGGCGCUGGCUCUUCUCUAUGGAGAUCACUAGAUGGCGCUGGCUCUUCUCUAGGGAGAUCACUAGAUGGCGCUGGCUCUUCUCUAUGGAGAUCACUAGAUGGCGCUGGCUCUUCUCUAUGGAGAUCACUAGAUGGCGCUGGCUCUUCUCUAUGGAGAUCACUAGAUGGCGCUGGCUCUUCUCUAGGGAGAUCACUAGACGGCGCUGGCUCUUCUCUAGGGAGAUCACUUGGUUAAACCCUAAAAUCAGGACCUCUUUGUGUAAUGAUGUUAGAGUAGAAAGGUUAUGCAACAUGUUAUUUAUUUAUUACUAUUGGUGGCAGUUCUUUCAAAAUUGAGAUUUUUUGAUUUUUUUUUUUAAAACACUUAAGCUAUCCUAUUUAUUGUAACGUAUUUUAUAUGUUAAUUUGUGGGCAAAACGAACCCCUUCUAAAACUGGAGAUACAAAACUCCUGUCUCCAGAAGCUACAGUUUGUCAUAUCUCUUCAGAGAUUAUAUUUUAUUCAUUGUACUUUAUUAUUGUUUCAUGUAAAAUAAUAAUAAUAAUAAAAAUAAUAAUAAUAAUAAAUGAUUGUAAUAGAAUGGUGUAAGAUUGCAAUGUUCCGAUGGCAUAAAAGGAGAGUUGCAGAUUGGGCACUGUCUCUAUCUAUCUUUACAGUAUCUGUACAGUACCUCACUGUGCACUGCUGUCUGUGAACAGAUGUACAGUGCCACGAAGUGUCCUGUUUGAAUAUGGCAUACUUUAAUAAUUAGAUUCUGUGGAUAUGUGGAGGUGUCUGUACUUUUGUCCAUCUGUAUGUCACACUUACAUUGCUGCAUAUAUCUGGAAAACCUUGUAUUAAAGUGUGGUGAAACUACAA